CAAAGGGCAAAACGAUCAUUUUAUAGCUUGUUUCCUUGGGGAAGGAGGUUAGAAUGACUUCUGUGUUAAAGCGGGGACCUAAGAAAGGGAAACCUCAAGGUAAUGUUCAUUGCUGAGUCGAUUCAUGCGAGUUUCGAACUUAAAAUUCUAGUGAAUGUUUGAUUGAACAACACUUAUAACCAUGUAGACUUUAAUAUAACGUUAUAUUGAACGCCGUUUAAUAGAAAACCCAACGGAAAAGAAAUGGCUUCAUUCACCAGAUGCUCUGCAGCAAGGCUCAGUGGUGUAUUCUGUCAAGGUAUGCUUUAGGUUUUUGUGAAAUUCUGUCAUGGUCCCAUACAGACAAUUCAGAACAUUAUUUCCACAGCCAUUCAGUUAAUCCUGUGGUUUUGUUGUCGGCGACCACAUGUGGACAAACUUUACCCAAUAUAGCAUAGUCAUUUUAUGGAUCUUUCUAUUCGUGGUAAGUGCUCAAGGGCUUCGCUUUUGUGCCCACCGCUUAUCAGAUGAUUUGCUUCGUUGGUUAUGAUAAAAACAUGUGCGCACUUUCAGCUACUUUUUGGGUAAACUUCAGCUGUGAAUAUUAACAACAGAAAGUAGAUCGAAUUUCCAGUUAUGAAAACAACGUGCUUUAAAUCGUUUGCAAGCAUAAUAUAUUUUCUCACAGUUUUUGUGGCCUGGGAAAAUAGUUUAAAUGACGUAAGUUCAAUUAAUCUUGCCUUCAUACAAAUACCCAAAGAAAUCAAGCAAAUGUUAAUAAUGCGUGAAGACGUUUGACGGAUAAUCUGUAUCAUGAAGCCAAAAAACGAAGCAAAGAAACAUGUACAGUUGACAGAUUCCGUGUAAAUGUAUUUUAUUUUGUUCUAGCUUUUGCAUACGUAAAUGUCGUCAAUUAUAUUAAACACUUACUUUGACCUUCACUAUAUUUAUAUCUCGAAAAUCAUUGUCUGUGGAUUAUGUACUUAAAAUUUUACAUAGCGUGUCAUUCCAUAUUCACUCAGUUGCUUGUUCUGGACCAACUAUUUGUGACGAGAUGAUUUGUCACCAAAGGCUGGUUUUCCUUAGCAUCUUGAGUUGGAGUCGGAGUCGGAGUUGUAAUCAGAAGUGUAAGAUUCAACAAUCUAGUGAAAAUGGCAUUCUGAUUCUGCUUAUGACUCUGUUGCUCAUGAUCAAGUGAACUGUUGAAGUCGCAAGCAGAAGUAGAGGAACUAAACCGCUUUUGCUUCUGACUUUUCUUAUAACUCCGAUUUAAGAUAAGUGCUCUUAACACUCUGCUGACGAUUCCAACUCUGACUCUUUCACUAGUGAAAACCUGCCUUAACAUUCAAUUUUGUGGAUGAAAUCACAACAUUAAAUCACUAAGGCCUGUUUCAAACAUUUUGCUACCGCCGAUCUAAGCUAACUUGACUUCAACAUGAGUCCAGCAUGACUGUGGCAUUUGGUCUUUCAGUUUUGGCCAUUUUCUUGGCUGGUUUUUCGGUUUUCCAUUGUGGUUUGCUGUUUUUCCAUGCUGAGAGUAACAUCACUGGUGUACUGAAUGUCCAAGGCUGUGUUUCCGGAAAAACAGUUUUAUACUCUAUUCAGUUUAUGGAAUGGGGUCUAGUGAGACUAGCAAACAUUCUAGAAUUGUGUGACUAACUAGAUCUUAAUCUUUUAAACUGUAUGACACUAAACAUCCAAAAUUGUCAUGCCACAGUUUACUCCAAGAAAGUGAGCAUGUUUUCGUUUCAAAAGUGCAGAAUAAGCAGGGAAUUUUGCCAUUCGUUCACCGGCAGUUAGCCUGAGAAUCAUGAGCUUUAGGCGCCCGUUUGGGCUUCUUGUUUGAAAUUUUGGUCACCUGCGGGAUAAUUGUAGGCACCUCUGGUGACCGGGCACCCAUUAAGCAGUAGCUUCAAUUCAGGGGCAACAAGAGAUAUAUUGAUAUUUUGAAAAAGAAAUUGAGCAACAAAGCUUGAUUAAUCAGUACAGCUCUUAACAUUGUAUUUGAAUAAUUGGACUGACAAAAAAGUAAAGAAGUGUACAGAGAAAGAAUACACGAUUGUUUUUAGAGAAAUUCUCUGUGUUUCUCAUUCUGGAAUUGUCACGUCCUUAAAAGAUAGUUCAAGUUUUCCAGGGUAAAGUUGUAUAGAAAUGAUAUGAAGGGAGAUAAAAUUACUUCGAGUUAGGAGGAAGUUCAAGUUGUCAAGGGUUUGAGUUACUGAGGGUAAAAUUACAGUAAUUUAAGUAUGAAGGAAAUUCAAGGGAAAUAGAUUUUGGUUCUAGUUAGCGCAAGGUUUGAGUUAACGAGGGUUUGAGUUAUUGGCAGUUGACUGUACUUUGGGCCACAUUGAGUGUGUUUAGGUCUCUGUUUUCUAGUGGCUUAAGCUCUUGCCUUUGAAGUGCUUAAUCAUGGUGUCAAGUACUAGCCAUGAGAUAACUUUACUUUUUGCUCAUCUGUUAUGUUUUUAUGUUUUUCCCCUUAACUUGCUACAUGCAAAUAAACUAAAAUUUUAUUUUUCUUGUAUGUUAUACAGCUCUUUGGGUCUACAGAGGUUGCUCAAGCAAAGGGAACAGAAAUUGUAAGGGAAGCCAUAAAGAAAGUUCGGGUAAAGGAUUGAAAUCAUUAUUUUACUUUUUUUUGAGUAAAAUUCAGCUGGAUUUAAAAUUAUAUAGAUUACUUUACCAAAAGUGUGCAGUAUUAUCUUUACAUAUGAGUUGUUGACACAUACAUUGUAUCAGAAAUCAAACAAGCUAGGGCAGCUACUAAGUGAGAUUUCUGAUACACAAAAACUGACAUUUUAAAUUUUGAGCAAACCAGCGCAAUAUUAUCACAUAGUCAUUCCCAGAGUAUUUUGCAGAUGUAAUUACUUUGAUUCUGCGAGAAAAUUCAAAAUACAACAACAUUGCAGUGUUUGUUUUAGUCAUGUUUUUUUGGUAGUUUACUCAACAAUAUUGCGACAUUUAGUGGUAUAUUACAACGCCAUUUAUACAGGAACAUUUAUACAACAUUGUUUUAAAUCUUUUCCUUUUUUGGCAGUUUGCAAAUCAUAUUAAAAAGAGUGAAGUGGGUGUGAAAGGAAGUAAGCUGAAAAAAGUUGAGAUCAAGAUUUCUAUUGACAACAUAAAGGUUGAAGACAUAAAAACCAAGGUACUGUUUUUAACUUCCACAUGCUUGUUUAUAGUGCUGAUUACCACGAUUGAUGCUAAGUUUGCGUCUUCAUUUGCUUGUUUCACGGCAGUUUCAGGAUAAAAAGGAAUGUUUAGCUCUGCAGAUAUUCUCCAAAUAGCAGAUGUCAUGCAUCGAAUUGUAUUCUGACUUGCUGUUCUUGCUUUGUUCUUAGGCAGUAGUCCUGCUAAUAAUUUCUUCUUUGUGAAACGUGAAAUUAAUGUUCCGCCAUUUUCAUUUGGCUCCAGGUUCCUCAUCAUUUUGUCAUGUUGUGAAGGAGUUUUGAUUGUCCCAAUUAAUAUAGUUAUUUCUUGAAAGUGUAUUGUGUACAGUGACAGUUUAAUACACAAUGUGGCUUUAGUACAUUUAAGUCCUUAAUCUCUCUUGUCUCCUUUUCUUGGCCCGGGUUAUAGUAAGAAACAAACGGGGUAGGAUUGCGAAGCAAACAAAGCUAAAGUCAUUUUUAAAAGAAUUUCAUUUCAAACUUUACUAUGCAAAUGAAUGAUUUAAUAAGAUGACAGGAUUUCAAUUAAAUGAGUUUCAUCUUGUAAACAGUAACAUUAAAACUUUUCUUUAUUAUAGGAGGAGCUAUUUUGCUAUCCACUUCAUCGCAUAUCCUACUGUGCUGAUGAUAAACGUGACAAAAAGGUGUUUGCUUUUAUUGCAAAGGACAGUGGCAUGCCACAGCAUUUAUGUUACGUAUUUGAGUGUGAGAAAAUGGUGAGUGCAGUUGACAAUAACAAUCUUUGAAAAUAUACAUUUAACAAUUUUGAAAUUAUAAUUUUAUUAAUAAUUACUAAAAUUAUAAAUUUAAAAUUAUUAGUUUUAGUUUGAUAGUGUGACAUUGAAUAUUAUUUACAGGGGGGGUGUCGUAAGAGAGUGGGAAAUUGUUGACACUUGUGAGAUACACAUAGAAUACUUCAUGGCAAGUGCACAUGAGUUACUGACAUAUCAGAAUCAUCGAAUGAGUGAAAUUUCUGGUCCAAAAACAGUGAGUGCAUAAAUCCGUACAGAGCACUUUUCCUGUGGUAUUGUGUUUAUUAUAUACAUUCACACCCUGAGAAACUCUUCAUUUUACCGGCUGUUUAUCUCAAAUUUUUCCAAAAUGGUAAAAUUUGUUGCUACACAUCGCAAAAUUAAAAAAACCAAUUAAAAGCAUAGUAACAUGGUAUGACCGAAUAUAAUGCCAACAUACAGAGAACUUAGCACCUUAGUACUAAGCGUACUAACGUACUACGACAGAAUAGUAUGUGCCAUGAUUGGCCUGUUGAAAUGUAAUUUUAGAUUUGGCAAUCAGGUUGAAGGGAAAUUCAAAAUGCAUUUGCAGUAAUUCUAUGAGUACUUUGGGUGCCCAGAACAAGGAUAUUGGCGAUACUUUGCAGAUGUCACUAACUGUGGUUAGAUAACCUCUGCAACACCUAGGCUAGUUCAGUGUAAGCACAUGGUCCAACAUUGAUUCUUUCUUACCCGACUUUUUAUUUUCUUCUAAGGCGGAAGAACUCACAUUAACAGUAGGGCAAGCAUUUGACCUGGCCUAUCGACGUUUUCUUGAAAAGAAAUCCAACAACCAAGAAACAACUAAGAAGCUUUCUGAGAUGGAAGAGAGGAUCAAGACAGCAGAAGAGGAGAAAGAAGCAUUAAAACAAAAGAUCGCUAAACUUGAACUAGCUGCAGGUCAAGGUACGCCGACCAGUAAUGGCAACACUGAGGUAAGCCAUGGUGCCAUAACUUUGCAAAUAUUCGAUAAAUUUUUGUGGAAUUUCCAGCCAGAUUCAAUGUCUUGUAAAGUUCCCCCCCCCCCCCACCCCCAAAAUGGCAACCCCUCCUACCUGAGAUAUAGUUAAUCACCCUUUCAAUUAUUUAUUAUUAUUAUUAUUAUUAUUAUUAUUAUUAUUAUUAUUAUUACUAUUAUUAUUAUUGUUAAAAAUGCACUUGAUUUGAGUGUCAAAGCAUUUAGAAGGAAGGUACUAACGAUUGGGGACACUAUUUUACAUCUCGAACUGUAUGUGGUCAUCCAAGCUAUGUGAAGGUCUAGCCCCUUGCAGGGCAAGGGGAGUAAAUACCUAGAGCAAGAAUUUAGUAUGCAUCUGUCACUCGAAUCUGUGUCUAGACAUAGAUUUGCCAAAUUAAAUAUUUUGUUUUAUUGGUAGGUACAGCUACUGAAUUACGUUUGCUUUUAAAUUAGCACAUUUUGAAUAUUCAUAAUGAUUUCUCCAGUUUAAACUCAAUUCUUCGAAAAUCUUCUACUUCAAGAACGCUAAUAACUUAAUUAUUGAUCUUGAAAAUGAAUGCAUUAAUUAGCAUAGCAGUGGUGUACAUACAAUUCAGAAGAAAAGAAUUAACUUUUUUCAGUAGUAGUCACAAACAACAAAUACAUUAUAUUAUUUUGCUCUUACAGUUUAUUUCAAUUUUGGAGGUAAGUCAAACUAAGGGUUGUUUUGAUGCCAUUUGUGCCAUAAGGGAUGGUGUGAGACCUAAUUCAGAAGUUUUUCUUACUAAUCUGUUAUUUUUAUAGGUCAGCCGUGGCCAGUCAAUCACAGAUGAGUUUGAUCUCUUGGGAGGUUUUGGAGGCCUUUCAACCACAUCAGGUUCACCAACUCAAAAUUCAGCACCACAGGAUGAGACUAGUCAAGAGAUGAGCUUUGACCCUUUUGCUCAGAAUCCUUCGCCGCAACCAGCUCAGAAAAGAACUCCAUCAGAAUCAUCUGCACCUUUAUCUCCUGACUUCAAUGAAUUUUCCCCCCAGCCCAUGUUAUUUGAAGCUCCAGUUUCCAGGCCGACACCCAAGGGUCCAAUACCUCAAGCACUUCCCCCUCCUCCCACAAAACAGAGUGUAAAAGCAGCAAAUAGAUCAAAGCAAGGUGGUGGUGUUCUUCCAAAUGUAGCAUCUCCAACGCAGCCAACAUCACCUGCAUCACCAACUUCACCAGCCUCUUUGCCUUCACCUUCACAUGGUAACAAUUAAAUUUUCUUUUACAGUCUAGCCAGAUCAUGCAUGCUUUCUCAAUGUGUGGUUUUCAAUGUUUUUUACCAUUAAUCUCUGCUUUUGAUGGGUGUUAUUGUGGUCAAGCCUAAAUUUUUGUUAGUUUUCAACCAUCUUGAAACAGUUCAUUACAUACAACACUGUGAGCAGGGCAUCUAUUCUUAAGCUACCGUAUGUUGGCUAACUGUCUUGUCUCAUUUUUAUCAGAGUUGUUACAAAUAGGGAACAGUAAUGCAUACAAUGGUGGAAACCCUUUUUCCAUUGGUGUUAAUGGCACAGAUCCCUCAGAACAUGUGUUUGAUCCCUUGGCUUUAAAGAAUUCAUAUCUGGGCAGUGGUAAAGAGAUCAAUCAAAAUUCAAUACAGGUUUGUUUUUCACGCUUUGCUAAAAUUAUAUUUUGUGUAGUUUGAUGUGUUGAUUAAAAACACUUUGCAGCUAGAAACAAAAUUUGAAACCAAGAAGGCUAGUAAUCUAGGAAGAAUGUAAGCACUGACCCCAAGGGAAACAGUGAACUUUGCUUUUCCUAGACCCUCAAUGAGGUCCUCAUAGGGGGGUUACGUAUGUCCCUAGUCUGAAUUUCAAAACCUGUCAUUUCGCUUAUUGAGUCCUGAGGGAGCCAUUUUGCUAUUGGUGUUUUACUGUUGUUUAUGCACUUUUCUUUGUCACUGUCACAGUUUCGUUUGAUGCCAUUCCUGCUGUCCUUUGUCGCUCUUUCAAGGCCAUGUUGCUAGUCGGUAUUUUACCCUAUCAGGGCCUCCUCAAUGUUGUCUUUGGGAAAUAAAUCUUACUAUUUCUUGUGGGGCCAGUCAUCAAGUAUUUUAUUUAUACUUCUGAAGUAAAAGAAAAAAAAUCAGCAAACCAAAUAAUAUAAUUUCAUUGUUGGCAGAAAAGGGGCAAAAUUGGCACUUCAAGUUUGCCACAGUUUCUAUCUCACAAUCUGAUCACUUGCAAGUCUUUUAAGAGUGACGGUCAGGAAAAAUUGAGCAAAAUCUUACAACUCGCUACUGUAACCAGGGACACCUAGACAAAGUUGACCAAUCAGAUUUCAGGAAAAUAACAAUACAUUCCAAGAAAGUUGGUUGUGGGCCAAUCUGCAGCUUGUAAGGAAAGAAUAAGUUACUUGAAGUAUGAAAUUUAAAUAUUGAUAGCAUACGUUUUUCAAGAAAGCAAAAUGUUUCACCUGACAAUGUUUUUCUAUUCAAAACUUUAUGUAUAACACCCAGGAGAGAUAUUUGUUUGACACAAGCUGUUAUUUUGUCAUCUCCCAGCAAUUUCUUUUUGCUUCCAUUGUCGCAUUUUGCAAUAACAAGUGACCUCAAGUCAAAAAUGUGACUAACAUUUACAUUUUUCCCCUCCGCUGACACUCUAAUGGACCUCUCAGGAAACACAGCCUCUCUUCAGUGGGUUUAAAAGGUCACGUCUGUAGGUUGUAAUUGGCUGAUUUUGAUCCAUGUUGUUGAUUUCGUUUCAUGGUAAUAAAAUAUUAUGAUUGAUAACUAACUUUCUCAGAAUGUAUUGUUAUUUUUCUGUCAUCCAAUUGGUCAACUUUUUCCAGGCCUGUGGCCCCGGUUAUAUUAUUUGCACUGUAAUUUUGUAGUACGAGUCGAGUUGUUCAUAGAUAGCUUUUAGGUCAAUAAGAAACCUAAUGUAGAUUGUUCCCGCCUAAAGCAUUCUUAACCUGAAAUUUGCUGACGUCAACUCUCCUCGCAUUAGCAAACAAAACCACAAGGAGAAAUUUGGACACUUUCCAUCAACAGAACAACUCUUUUUCAUUUUCGACCUCUGCCAGUUGAUGCUCUAUAUUUCCUGACCUUCACUCUUAAGCUCGCAAGGGAGUUAGUAACUUUUGCUUGCACUAAUGACUUGUUGUGACUCAUGGCAUAAUUACACAUUCUCAUCCAAUAAUAUUGAAAAACCUGCUCAAGUAAAAGAAUCGUAUUAACCUAUAAGAUCAGAUAUUAAACACUAUUACUGUCCACACCGUUCUACAUGCAGUUCUUAUGCUACCGUGAUAACAAACUCGAGAUUUUGUUUUACAGUUAGAGUCAUUUUUCGGUGAUUAUUCCUUUUGUUUUUCUUCAUUGUACCGUUGUUUUGUACAUACUACUAUCAAUAUUAUUUUAACCUGAACAUGACUUAGAUAUUCUUGUAGAUUGUUAAAAGAUUUAUAAUUUUGUUUUAUUUUUUUUUUCAACCAGGAUAAAACGUUGUUAUCAGUAUAACUGAAGUCUCCCUUGCGAGGAAAACAAUAAACUGAGUGAUCAGUCUUGAUUUAUCUUUUAACAGGCUGGAUUUUAAAGAGUUCAACAUUACAGAAAAUAAGAGAGAAACUAGGUAUGUCUAAACAGUCUUAGAACAAGUUGUGGAAUUCACAAGUAUAUGAUUAUGGUACAUUGAAAUUUUGAUUUCAUAUCACAACAAAAAAAUGAAAAAGGAGAAUUCCUUUGGACCAAAAUUUGUUAGUAUAGAAUUCUUCAUUUUCAUUUUUUUGCUGUAUUUGUGUAAAAAUGGCUAUCCAAUUUCUAGGCCUUAAAAAACAUCCAUGAAUUUUGUUAGUAUGGAAUUCUCUUUUUUCAUUUUUUGCAGUACCAGUUUGAAGUAUAAAUGGACCAAUUUUUACAAAUGUAGGCCUUAUAAAGGUCCAUGUUAAAUUAAUAACUGACACUACACUCUGUACAUUGUCACAACCUAAUGGCUUCUCCUGAUGACUAGUUUUCUUGUAUGUCUACUCAACUUUCAUUUUGGCCAGGGUUCAUACAGUUCAUGGAAAACCAAGAAAAUCAUUUUUUAAAUUUAACAAUUUCAUUUUCCUGGCCUGGGAAGUCAUUGAAUUAAUUUUAGUUAUGAGUCAUGGAAAAUUAAAUUUAUACUUGUUAGAUUAGUUACUGCAGUUGUCAAAGCAAGGGCAAAGUACUGUAAGGUAGAGACAAGUAAUUAAACAGUGCAAACAGCACACGUUUUGGUGACACCAAAGUUUGUGUCUGUAAAAGAAUAGUCUUAAAAACAAGUAAUGUGCAGUUUUCAAAAAUGGCAGCUAAAACUAAGGCCAUGUAAAACUGGGAAAGUUCCUCAAAAAAGUCAUGGAAAGUCAUGGGAAUUAAAAAGCUGAAAAGAGUACAAACCCUCUUGUCAUUUUUGACAUGCAUCAAACAGUUAACAUUUAUUUGUCGAGUUAUUUGAUAUUUUUUCAGCAUCAGAAAUGUGCCUGAGGUUCUUUCAGUGGACUCUAAGUUGGCUUCCACGUUGGUGAAUGUUGCAGUUAUGAUGUAAAUGUUGUUACAGAGAGAGCUGAAGUUUCCUACAUGUAGUUAAUGAUUUCUGAUACAGCAUAAUAAUAAUUAUCUUUUGGGAUUGGAAAUUAAAAGAGAUUUUUAUAAAAGCUUUAAUAAUUUACAGAGAAGUUCAAAUGGUUGAAAUUAAGAGUAUGGUGGUGAUUUUUUUUAAUCAUCCAUGUUGGUAUUAUGUAGAUUUAAUUUAACAAAAAAACCAUGGUUUUGAUUUGCGAUGUGAUAAGUCUCAAAGUGAAUUGACUUGUUAGCUGAUUGAAUGUCCAUCUUAAUUUAAGAAUUUGCAUGUGGUCAACAGUCAGCAUUUAGCAUGAUAUAGAGUAAUUAUUCAUCGUUAAGUGACUGUAACAUAAUGUUCCAUGAAUUUAAUUGGAUUUAAGCAGUCCUGACUUCAUCUUAGAUAAAAUAUAAAUGGUACAGUUUGCCUAGUCCCUGCUCGGACGAAGUGACGUAAGACGCAUUGGCCGCGCAGAAUAACGAGGACUAGGCAAGGGUAUAGUGAUCUUAAUUGUCCUUUUGUUAAACAAACUGUUAAAGUUAUCAGUAUUAGGUUACAGUUCAUUGGUGGAUCCAAACCUUGAGAUAAGGGGGGAGGGGCAGGGGGUGUCGUCCAGACCCUGAGAUAAGGGGCGGGGGGAUGGCUUGGUCUCAAAAAUUUUUUUUGGCCCUCUGGGCCUCAGUCAGUCUGGUCUAAAAAUAAGGGGGGGCUGGCCCCCUGGGCCCCUCCUCUGGAUCCGCUACUGCAGUUGUGUCUAUAUCAUCAACUACUGAGAUCAGCUAUGUGGAUUACAACCCAAUUUUGUCCCCUCACAGUUGUAUUGCUCGUGUUUUUGUCUAGCAAAGCAGUGAGCUGUUGUUGUUGUUAUUUCCCAUGUUGAACAUAAAGUUUUGGUUGUGGUAACUGUAAUUGUUUUCCAGCUGUUGUAUUCUUUUGCCCACAUGGGUAAUAAGUUAAAUAUACUUUACCAUCUGCCUUACUCAUCUCAUUAUUCUACCCAAAAGAAGAAAUAUCGGAGAAUUAUAUUUAUAAAUGUAUCGAUCAGGUAUAAGAGUGUCGGACGUAAAUUUGUUAUCAUCUUUGGUGUGACAAGUCUUUAAUUUGCAACCUUUUAUUUACAAAUUCAGUGUUGCAAGCAAGGUAUUAUAAAGUACCUGCACUUGUUUUAGUGAUUGCAGCUAACUUAUUUCCUUGACCAGGCUUACAUCUCAUCUCAAAACAUUUCUGAAAACAAAGCUAUUUCUGCGCAAGAGCCCUUGACUAAAGAUCUAGUUGAUAUGGCUAUUGGCUUUAAGCCGGUUGGUUUAUACAUUGUUUUUUACAGUAAAAAUGUGUUAUGUUAACUUACUUUUAGUAAUGAUUUUUAAUCAUUUACUAAUAGAUAACUGCUGUAUUAAUUUGAUUCACUGCAGUUAGUAAAUAGUAUUGAGCUACAAUUCAAGCUAAUGUCUGGCGAUCCAUAAAGUUAGAAAAAUGAAGCCUAGUUGUCGUAAUAGUAGAUUGAUUCUCUUAAAAGAUAUUGUCUUGACCCUUUAAGCCUUGAUAUCCAGAUAGAUUCUGGAGAUUGAACUCCACCCUAGAAUUACUUGAGAGAGUGUGAUAAAAGAUCAAAGCAUUUUUUCCUUAAGUGAUCAUUUUAUUAGUUCUCAUAAGAUUUCUCUUGAUUAUGUAUUCUUUUUUGGUCUGAUGUUGGUCACUCUUGGGUCUUGAGGGUUAAGGCAUGUAGAAUGAGGAUUUCUAUCACUGACUUACAUGUAGGGCC